CUUCUUGCUUGCUCGCUUGCUUUGGUAAGUUCCCUGGCUCAUGUCUGUGCUAGCUGCAUUUCUCCAUCGCACGCAUCACACACACACGCACACACCCGCGUGUUCUCGCACACAUUCAUGUACCGAGGAUACACCCGCUGUUUGGCUAUUACCGUCCUUGCCUUGUUGCUGAUACCCCUGGUGCCCACGCCCUGCACGCGUGCCACUGUCCACCGCGACACCCAACAACGCGAACAACACCACCACCAACAACAAGAACAACACCGCUCACCUCCACCCCGUCACCAACAACACCACCACCAACACCUUCCUCACACGGACCUGUACACCCCGUCAAAACCAACUGCCCCAAUGGACGACCCAGUCGUGGCACUGCCUCCUUCAGACGAAGCCGAAGAGACGCUUUCGCAAGCUUUUCGACGCGUUGCCGACAUGGCCUGGCGCUGCUCCGCCAAAAGCAACUCGCAGCUCGUGUCGAACCUGCGCAACGGCGGCAUCAUCAAGCACGAUGACGUUGAGGCCGCCCUUCGCGCCACAGACCGCGGGCUGUAUGUCCCAAAGGACCAAUCCCCAUACGAGGACGCGCCACAGUACAUUGGCUACAACAGCACCAUCUCCGCACCGCACAUGCACGCGUACGCCCUCGAGUGUCUUCACGACAGGCUCAAGCCCGGUGCGCGCGUACUGGACAUUGGCUGCGGCUCUGGCGUGCUCGUGGAGGCGUUCUCCCGCAUGGUGGGACCGGAGGGUGUCGUUGUUGGCGUCGAGCACAUCCCAGAGCUUGCGGAAAUGUCCAAGCGCAACCUGAAGAAGUGUCCCGAGAUGGCAAAGCGCAUGGACGCCGGGCACGUGCACGUGUUUGCCGGCGACGGGUUCAAGGGCCACCCCGAACUCGGCCCAUAUGACGCCAUUCACGUUGGCGCGGCUGCAGCGAAGAUGCCGCAGCACUUGGUUGACCAGCUCAACGUGGGCGGGGCCAUGGUGCUGCCGCUGGGGCCCGAGCACGGCUACCAGGAGUUUGUCAAGGUGUACAAGAACGAUGAUGGCGAACUUGAAAAGCGCCACUUGCUUGACGUGCGUUAUGUGCCGCUCACCACACCAGAGCACCAGCUCCGCGGCUUCCACUGA